UUUGCACAACUUUUCAGGCGUGUGAUAAAGUGACCGCAUAGAUGGAUUGUCUCUGGACUAUGUGGACACAUCGCGACUAAAAGUGUACUCGGACCAACUUUUAAUGUACUCUCUCUUCAAUCUGAGCAUUUAUACUUCUUUUUGGGGAGGGGGGAAGUAUCGCACAACCGCCCUCUUUUCUCUCUCUCUCUCUCUCUCCCGCACUGAGGAUAUACUGACUGGCAAGUCAUGUUCCAGCCAACACCUAAACGGUGUUUCACCAUUGAAUCUCUGGUAGCCAAGGAUAGUCCACUGCCUGCAUCGAGAGCCGACGAACCUAUAAGGCCAGCCGCCCUCAGCUAUGCAAACUCUAGCUCAGUGAAUCCAUUCCUGAACGGCUUUCAUACCGGCGGCCGGGCCAUUUACUCCAACCCGGAUCUAGUGUUCGCCGAUGCGGUCUCUCACCAAACCAACACGGCGGUGCCUGUUCACCCGGUCCCUCCACACGCUUUAACUGGUCACCCACUGCAAUCUUCUCAUUCUCCACAUCCCCUUUUCACAUCGCAACAAAGAGAUCCUUCGAGUUUCUAUCCAUGGCUAAUACACAGGUACAGAUAUCUGGGACACAGGUUUCAAGGCAACGAGACGAGCCCGGAGAGUUUUUUAUUGCACAAUGCACUGGCCAGAAAGCCCAAACGCAUCCGAACGGCCUUCUCCCCGUCUCAGCUGCUGAGGUUGGAGCACGCUUUUGAGAAAAAUCACUAUGUGGUGGGGGCCGAGCGGAAACAACUGGCCCACAGUCUCAGUCUCACAGAAACUCAGGUAAAAGUUUGGUUUCAGAACAGAAGGACGAAAUUUAAACGACAGAAACUGGAGGAGGAAGGGACAGACGCCCAGCAGAAGAAAAAGGGGACCCACCACGUCAAUAGGUGGAGACUGGCGACGAAACAGGCGAGUCCUGAGGAGAUCGAUGUCACCUCGGACGAUUAGGACUGAAAUAUUCGUGUCAAACUAUAGUGUUAACUUUCAAGCAGCACAGUUGCUGAUGUAGAGAGGAAAAAUAAAGGGGAAACGAACACUUCAACCAAAUGCAAUUCCUGUGACGAGGCAGCUGGGGUAAGAAGAGGUCCGAGAGGUGGCACUGCGCGCACCGUGAACUGUCCAGAGACAGUCAUCAAUCAACUCCGGGACAAGAUGAUUGACAAGCGAACUUGUCAAUGUUGUAUGCAGUCCGCUUUCACGCGUACUUCCAAUCCAAUUCCGGACUUUUUUUUGCACUUCCGAAUUUAAAUAUUAAAAAAAAACUGAAUGGGAAAACCAAAAUCCACACCUGUUUCAGAAACUUGAAUUGCAUGUGAGCCGCUCGUGAAAAGAUGGAUUAUUAUUCAAACAAAAAGCGGGACUUAUUUUUUUAUUUUUUUCUUAUUUGCUUUGAGAGAAGUUCUGUCAGCUGUGUGCUUCUUUUUACAGAAAAAAAAUUGCUGUUUUAAAAAAAACUCCUGUUAAAUAAUACAGUCGACGUGAUUGUAAUACUGCUUUAUGAAGUAGAAGUGCUGCGUUCUUAGUGUUCUACAAAACCAAUAAAGAAAGUUAGACAUCAUGUUUUCUUUUAAGAAAAGAAUCGUUUCGACCACGAUUUCGGUCCUUUAUUUAAAACAAGAACUUUUUUUUUGAAAAAUAAACGUUUAAAGAGUAUUCCGCAUUUUCCUUCCGCAUCAAUCUGAAGCGAAAACAACAUUUUGGUGAGGUGGUAUUUUGUUUGGCGGAACUUGUUUGCAAAUUGCCACCAAAAGGACUGUCGGCGAAAGAAAGAAAGUAGCAGUAGCCAUCUCUGGACGGUUAGGGUUCAAGAAGGCACUGAGCUUCUUAAAUCCGUGUUUAUAGCGACACUAAAAUUAAAGAUGUCUCUGUAAUGUCUUCUAUCGAAUGUAGAUACUUGUGUUUGUUGAGUUUGUUGCAAUUCUAACACAUGAUACUUCCAAGAAGUAUGUCAAUGUCAUUUUUGUCAAUAAAGGUUUAUCCAUUUGCUGCUCAGAGUUAUCAAAGGCAA